AUGGGAACUGUCUUCGCGAAAUGCUGCAAAAAACCCAACAGUAACAGCGAUGAUGCACUCACCAUUCUGGUACUGGGCAUUGAAAAUGCCGGAAAAACGGAAGUGGCUUUGAAAAUUUGCCACCGAAAGCGAGGAGAUCAUGGACCCACUAAAGGAUGUCGCCUGUACGAGACUGUGAUCGCCGAUAGCGAGAUAAAGCUGAUUGAAAUCGGCGGUGGAUCCGAUCUGCGGGAUAUUUGGAAGUAUUAUUUUCUAGAUGCUCUAGCUGUAAUCUUUGUAAUCGAUGCUUCCUCUAUAAACGCCAUCUGUGAGUCGUACAAAAUAUUCCAAAACCUGAUGGCGCACGAGUUCCUAGUCGGUAAACCGUUCCUGAUCUUGGCCAACAAACAAGAUCUACCGGAGUCAGUGGAUUGUAUCGAUAUUUGCGAGUAUUUGGAUGUCGAAUACCUUGCCAAUCGGUACCGCUGUCCAUGCCUGGUGGAAGCCAGUGGUUGUUGGGGCGAUUCCGUCGACGAAUCGAACGAAUACGACGGAUUGAACUACGGUGUCCAGUGGCUGGUGAAAACGGUGCUGGCGCAUCAUCAGUUUAUCAUGAAUCGUAUCAAUUUCCACAAGCAUCUGAUUGGUCUGGAGCCCAGCGAGUCGGAGAGAGGGCAGCAGCUGAAAAGACCACGCACGGCCGGACGAUUGAGGCGCAGGAAAUCGGAAAAGGCUGGUCGCCCAAAAACGGCUCCCUCCAGUCAGCUGGCAUGGCUACAGCAGAACGAUAAUAACUAUCUGAUCAAACGAAACAGCGUUAUCUCCGUGAAAAGUAUUCCCAGCAGUAGCAGCACGCAGACCGAGCGAACGGUCAAUUCGAUCUCCAAACCUCCGACCACCGACGAUGGGCUAUCCGUUGUGGACGAAGGAGUAGAAAAUAGUCGUAGCAAUAGCGUUGUCGGUCCCACCUUAGAGCAGGCUCCUGAUUCCACAGUUCCCCCAGAGCGUCCAUCGAUUUCUAUUAUGCGCAAGGAGGAAAUGACUCUGGAAGACUUGUCGCUAUCAUUUUCGGUAAAUGAAGUGAACGGGAAAGCGAUAGAAAUAAGCUAA